CUCCCCUACCCUCCAUCAACACCCAAACAAAUACUGCCUCGUGUCGCCCGUUCUUCUCCGGCUGUUUGUUCCGUUCUUCGUCAUGGGUCGCAGAAAAAUCGAAAUCGCCCUUAUUGAGAAAGACCGCGACAGGUCGAUCACCUUCACCAAGCGAAAGCAAGGUUUGUUCAAGAAGGCACAGGAACUUGGCGUUUUGUGCAAUGCAGAUGUUGCUGUGAUCGUCUUUUCUCAGAAUGACAAACUUUAUGAGUUUUGUUCGAGGGAUAUGAGGGAUGUUCUGGGCAAAUACGCAGCGCACCAUGGCCUUCCACCACCGGUCCCAGCUGAUCCGUACGGUCAUGCUCGUGCUAUCCCUAUGCAGUACGCUCACCCGACUCAGGCUGCUAUCAUGGGCGUUCAUCCCCCUCAACCGCGAGCUCCAGUCGGCAAACCUCUACUAACACCGAAGCUGAAACCCGCAGCUACGGCUCCCGUUUCGAAGUCUACGUCGCGUUCUCAAACACCUCCGGCCCCUCUUACUGCACCCGCUGCAGUCUCGAUGCAGGCUCAGCACCGACGGACCGGCUCCCACGGUUCACCACAGACGGUAGCUUCACACCGUGCGGCUGCAGCGGCUUUGUCUUUGCUCGGAUCAGCGGCAGCAAUGGCACAGCAGUCUACUUCCACUUCUCCUACACCGCCUAUUGGGGCUACACCUCCAGUUCCACCUCCCGGCGUCCCCGUCUCCGCCAUGCGCGGCAUGAUCUACACGGACCCCGCAACCGUUCCCAGUCAAGCCCAAUCUCAUCCCUCCCAGCCCGCUUACAUGCAAUAUCCCGCCAUGCCCUACAUCCCACCGCAAUCGGAAAUACGCGAAAGCAUCGUUCCAUCUCCCCCGACCGCCAUCGCCGCAGGAGGAGACGCCGCGUCAUCGAGUAGCAGUACUCCGAACUUCCUCCCACCUCCUACAAUCCAUUCACAGGGUCAAAAGAGAAAGUUGCCACUUCCUGCGGUGAGUACGAUUAAAAUCCCUACGGACCAGGAGAGGCGGAAGUCGAGAAGUUUGAAUACGCCGUUGAGUGCGAGUAAAUCAAGUUUGGGGUCUAUGUUUCCGGUUGCUGCGCCCAGGCAGGGACAUCAGGUUGGGACUGUCGAGGAAGAGCGGGAGGGGAGUCGAGAGAGCGGAGGCAGCGAAGGUAGUGAGUAUGUUGAGCGGGACAGGAAGAGGGUGAAGGCGAGUGAGAGUGAUGAGGACGAGGAUGAUGAAAAUGGAGAGGAGGACGAGGACGAGGACGAAGAUGAUGAUGACGACGGUGACGAAGGGGAAGAAGGAGACGAAGAUGCGGAAGGAGAACCCGAAGAUACACCUCCCCAGACGUCCCACGACAAACAUCACACUCAUCUCAUGCCGCCUCUCAGGUCAGACACACGAAGUAUGUCCGUUCCGAACUUCCCUACCCCAGCUUCAGCAGCUGCGAAAGCCGCGGUGGAAGGACACAGCAGGAGACCAAGUCUGAGGAUCAACACUGGUGGAUUCGGUAAGGAGAUCCCGGCGAACACACCUGAGCCCAAGACCGGCGCACCAAACAGGAGUCCACCACCUCAACAAGCCCAGAAGCAGCAACCCUCAGUUAGUCAACGACCAUUCUUACCUCCGCCUCCGCCGACUGCGAGUCAUACUUCGGUGCCAUCUGGUAACAGCUGGAGCCAUAGUACUCAAACUCCACAUCUCCCAGGCAUGGGACUAGCGGGGUUGGCAAGGCCAGACAGCAGUGGGAAGGGCGAUGGGACAGGCCAGGACGUUAGUCUCCCGAGUCCGAGUGAGUGGUUUGAUGGGUUGCCGAGUGCGGGGUUACAGGCGAUGAUUGAGCAGGGUGCAUUCCCCGGGGAUGAGGGGAAGUAGGCAGAAGAUCUUACGGAUGGCGAGGGACGAGAUUGUGUAUGUGACGGUACGAUAUGAGCGCACAAUGUGGGAUGGAGAAUGAACUACAGGUUGAUUUGGACGGAGU